UAUAUUACAUAAAACAGUGUUUAGAAUAAUAUAAUUAUAACACUAACCUAUGUUUUUUCUUUUGGUUAAAGCGUUAAAUACCGAUUCGAAGGAAUAAUUAGCUGUUAAAAAUCUAGAAGUUGCCUCCUUACACUUUUCCUUCAUCACGCUCCCGAGCACCUGUCCACAAUGACAGGUUUUUAGUAAAACACAUGCGAUGUUUCCGCAUCACGUGAACAACUUCCCGUAAUUAUCUCACAUCUGACGUCAUCAUUUAAUUAAGAUGUUUUCGUUCGAGACGAUAAUUUCGAAUAUUUCUAAUGAUUUAUAUUUAUAAUUUCCUUCGAGUAUGGCACAAUAAUAAACGACACGAAAUAAUUAUUUCAUUGUUUAAAAUCUAAUAGAAUGAUGCGGUUUUGUAGCGAGAAUAGUGAAGAUGUUAUCAAUUAUUCAAGCCAGAAUUCCAAUCAAGAUAAUGACAGAGAUUCGGUUGCAGCAGCUUCGAUAAAUUAUGUGCUUAAUAUACUUUUAUUAUGUGUUGGAUUCUACAUAAUCUACAAAAUUUAUAUCGUUAAAAAUGUUAGAAGAAAAUUCUUCGAAAAUGGCGACUUAGAAGGAGAAUUUCGACAAAUUUAUAAAUUACAGAUUCAAUACGAAAAAAUGUUAUGUGAUUUAGAAGAAGUUUUAAAAGAGAAUAUUCAACAUCAAAAAGAAGAAAUAAAAUCUUUACUGAAUCAGAUUGAAGUUUUAACAUUUCGACUUUAUUCCAUUGAAGAAAGGAAGAAAUCAAAACUUAAUUUUGAAGACAUCAGGAGUUGGUUAAAUGAAGACUUUAACGAGAAUUUAUUAAAUAAUUAAAAAAUAUAUAUAGUAUUUAAAAUAAAAUAUGAAAAAAUUGCUGUUAUUGUAUGUAAUUUAAAUAUAAAUUGA